AUGGCUCCAGUCGACUGCUACCAGCGCGCUGUGCGUCUGGACCAGUACCUCGCCGUGGCAUACUUCCAGCAGGGUGUGUCAAACUUCCUCAUGGGCGACUUCGAGGAAGCCCUCGCCAACUUCAACGACACACUCCUCUACCUACGCGGAAACAACAACAUCGAUUACGAACAAUUGGGUCUCAAGUUCAAGCUAUACUCCUGCGAGGUGCUCUUCAACCGCGGUCUUUGCUACAUCUACCUCCAGCAAAGAGACGCCGGUCUACAGGAUCUGUCUUUCGCAGCCAAGGAGAAGGUGGUACCCGACCAUGAUGUGAUCGACGAGGCUAUUCGGGAGGAAGCAGAAGGCUACACCGUCUUCUCCAUUCCCGUCGGCAUUGUCUACCGUCCCAACGAAGCCAAGGUUAAGAACUUGAAGACAAAGGACUAUCUUGGAAAAGCCCGCCUGGUUGCUGCUUCAGACCGGGCCAAUGCCUUUACUGGCUUCGCUGGCGCCGAAAUCAAGAAGGGAGGCCAGGCCGCAAAAGAUGACAGAACUGAGGAUAAGAUCUCAUACGCGGCGACCAACCUUGUCAAGCCAGAACUUCAGAGCAGAGCACGCCAGCAGUCAGAACCACCAAUGAACCGUAACAUGUUCCCACCCACACCGCCACCGGAAGCAGACAGGAGGUCUGGCGACAGGAGAUCUGGCGGAGAGCGGAGACCUGCCGCCGAUGCUCCCAUGAGCCGCGCGCAAUCCGUACGAGGCGGUGGCCCUAAGCCCCAGCCUCUGAACCUUGGACGAGCUGCCUUUGAUCAGCAAAGCAACACCGAGCCGCCUCGUCGCCAGCCAACACAGCGCUCCGCAUCUGAACGACCACCACCAAGUCGUUCAGAGUCAAUGCGAGACCGAGGGCAACGCGAUCAGCGGGAUCAGCGGGAUCAGCGAGACCAGCGAGACCGUGACUACAGGCCACGUCGCCGUGGGUCUGACGAUGAUAUCAUUGACGACUACUACGACAACGACCCCUACCCGCCUUCUCGUGGCAGUCGCGGGGCAUACGCUCGCUCAAAACAGAGCAGGCGACCGGCUUACAUUGAGGAAGAAGACGAAGACGACUACGACGGCAGUGAUCUCGAUGACGCCGAGUUUGAAAUGAUGUCUCGCACAAAAUCUAGGAGACGAUCCCCCGCCCGCUCCGCCAGAUCUGGUGGUAGCAACCGCGGUGCAGGCAGCAAAGUCAGAGUGAAGGUCCACUCUAGCGACACACGUUACGUCUUUAUCAGUUCGGAUCAGUUAAUCACUGAAUUCUGGCAACAGAUUCGGGAAAAGUUCGGUGUACGAAACAAGUUCAAGGUGGAGUUCAAAGACGAUGGCGACAUGAUCACCAUGGCCGACCAGGACGAUCUUGACAUGGCCAUCCAGACGGCGAAGAGUGUUGCAAGGAAGGAAGGCAGCGAUAUGGCCAAGAUGGAGGUUUGGGUUAGAGAAGUAUAG